AUGGUUAUUCACAUUUUUAAUGUAAUUUUACUUGCUACAUUUUGUUUAUUAUACCCUUUAAAUGUGAACUCUGAACUAUUCACUGGGCAACCGAAUAUGGUCGUUGUAGAGUAUAAUGCCACGAGAACUUUUACUAGUGACCAAAAUGACGUGGCCCAAAUUGCUAACAUUCCACUUCCACCGACGAGUGGGAUAAAGGGAAAUCCCUUGUUUAUUGGAAGUGACUUAUGUAAUAACAUUCCUUCCAAUCCCCCAAACAACUCAUUUAAAAUAGCAAUAUUCCGAGAUAAUUUUGCAUGCGAUGUUCAAAAGCAGAUCGAAAGUAUUGCAGGAAUUUCAACUGGUAUAAUACAAGGAAUACUUUUAUAUAGUAAUAACAGUAAUGGCACAAUACCGAGUGAUCGGCUGUCAGCAGACAUUGGUGCGAUCGUAAUCCCUGCGUUUUACGUGAGUCAAAGUGUAGUGAGCUUUAUACGAAGCGUCGGUACUGAUAAUUCAAACGUAUUUAUUGAACUAUUCCCAAUGCAAAAAAAUAUCACAACAACUUUACAAAUUACUUUUAUCGGGAUUUUGUUCACCUUCUUGAUAGCCUUCGGUAUUUCACUUAUCAUUAAUUAUGGUUUACAUCGAUGUAGACGUCGUAGACUUCGAUUUAACAAUACUAUAGCUAUGACGAAUUUAACCCCCACUUUCCUGGAGAAAGAAGUGGUAGAGACUUUUCCUGUUAAGAAAUUCAUAGAGAGUAAUAUUAAUGAACAUUCAGUAGUUAAUAUCGAUGUGACAGAUAACAAUGACAUACUACGGUCGAAUAUAAAUCAUAAAGACAUUAAAUCAACGCCACAAAUCAGUGUAUCUCAAGAAAAAUUAACUGAUGAAGAAUCAUCGGAAACGCAAAACAUAAAAUCAUCAUCUGCGAGUGAUGAACAUGUUGGAGAUAUAGAUAAAACGCAAAACUCCUCAGUAAUUACCAAUGACAUAGUAUCUUCCGUAUCGCACAAUGACCAAAAGGUAGUAACAUCAAUGACCGUCCCUGUCGAAUCAACAUCUAUUGAAGGAAUUGAGAAAGAAAUUACGUCUGAUUCUUCGACAAGUAUUCAUACUUCGAUAUAUAAAAAAGCGUCAGUAUCACCUACAACAGAGACCACUACUGAAUCUACUACAGAGCCCACUACAGAGUCUACUACUACAAAGCAUGUUAAUCACAAUUUACAAGAAUUACAGACAACAUGCGCUAUAUGUUUAGAAGAUUUUCGAGAUGGGGACUUAUUGAGAGUUCUUCCAUGCGAACACGAAUAUCAUACUGGAUGCAUAGAUACUUGGCUUACACAAAAAUCUUCAAAAUGUCCUCUUUGCAAAUUUGACUGUCGUCCCCCAAAAGCCAUCGAUGUGAACGAUGGAAGUAAUAAUGCCAAUGAAGCAUCAACUUCAAAUACAAAUAGUGGUUUGCCAGCACCUGUGCAAGCACAGACCCCAAGGCAACGAAAUAAUUUAAUAAUAUCGUUAUGGAGAAGGACUUGGUAUUCUAUAUUUCGUG